CAUUUUUUUUGACAGCUGACAAAGAUGGAGGUGAAGGGAAGUAAGCACGCAUCUUUUCUGCUGUGGACUGCUUUGGCUGCGUUGCUUUCACAAACCUUGUUCGCUCCUGUCAUAUCUGCAGCCAACUUUGAGGAUCAGAAAAACUAUUACACUCCAGACCCAAAUGCACGAAGUCCUCCCCCAGUUACGUACACACCUCCAGCACAUGGUUCAGGAGGUCACCAUGCAACCCCAACACCAUCCCAUGGAACACCUUCACAUGGAGGUGGCAGCUAUGGACGAACACCACCUGCCAACUGCGGCCCCCCUAGCGGAGGGCAUCACCGCCCCACUCCAUCCCCUCCCACUGGUGGUGGUGGUGGAUAUUACCAUCCACCCCCAACCUCAACCCCUACUACACCAACUAUUCCAACACCAAGCACCCCAACACCUACCAUCGGGACUCCACCUACCAUCGGGACUCCACCAACCACUCCCAUUAUCACUCCCGGAACACCGACCACCCCCGGCAUCACAAUACCAUCACCGCCAUUUCCAUUUGAUCCGAACUCUCCACCUUUUACUUGCAUUUACUGGAGGAAUCACCCUACACUGAUAUGGGGUUUGUUUGGCUGGUGGGGAACACUUGGCAGUGCAUUUGGGCUGACUAGCGUGCCAGGUUUUUCGCCUAACAUGAACUUACUACAGGCUCUUUCAAACACUCGUACGGAUGGCCUUGGAGACCUGUACAGAGAAGGUACAGCUGCUCUGCUCAACUCCAUGGCUCACACCAGGUUUCCUUACACAACCAGCCAGGUCAGAGAUAGUUUUGUUGCAGCACUCAGCUCCAACAAGGCUGCAGCAGCUCAGGCACAGCUCUUCAAGCUGGCUAACGAGGGCAGAAACAAGCCCAGAGCUUGAUAAACACUAGAUUUUUCAUGAUAAUUAUCAAUAGUCUUAUAUUCAGUUUGGGCCAUGCUGGGUUUCCUACCUAAUUGAGGUUCUUUUGUAUGAGAUUAUAUGUUUAUUCCACUGUAUGUUACCAAA